AUGUCUAUAUUUUAUUUGUUCUUUAUUUUUCUUUUCUUUUCAUUUAAUAAAAAUAUUGAUGCCUUAUCAAAAGUAAUAAAGCCACCUAUUAAUGUCUACUACAAAGAUUAUUCUGAAAAUUUACCAAAUGAAGAAAAAGAUAAAUUAAUGAAAAUAUUAUUAGAAAGUGAAGAAAAAGAAGAAAACGAAAAUAUGAAUAUGAAUAUACAAAAAAUGCAAGAAAAAGAAAAAAAUCUAGGAACAUUAAUGAAAGAACAAGAAAAAUUGUCAAAAAAAAUACAUAAUGAAUUAAAAGGAUAUAUUAAAAGAAACAGGAAUAUUUCCAUUAAAUAUACUCAUGAUGAAAAAGAUUUCAACUCAGAAAACAAAAAUAAUUUAAAAAAAGACGGAAAUUCUUUAGAUGUUGAUACAGAAAUCGAGGCUUCUUUAGAUUCUAUGCAAGCCCCAAUAGUGAUAAUAAAAAUUCCAUCAGUGAAUAUAUAUGACCAGUUUGAAAUCCAAAAUAAUAUAGGGGAAUUAAUAGAUUUAAAUAAUGAAGAACUAUUCUACUAA